AUGGCAGACCAUCAAAGAAUUCAUCCGGUGGAGGUCAGCCCCGAAGCUCAACCUCCACGCCCUUCGGCUCCUCUAGGUUCUAUUCUUCGAUCAGAAAAAGUCGAGCCACGAGGGCAGGGGCAGCAUCAUGUUCCAAUGAGACGCAAUGUUACCUAUCCAGUCGUGCCACCACCACCUAAGAAGAAGAAAAGCUGUUUGUGCAAAUGCAUCUGCUGGACAAUUAGCUUACUCAUUCUCCUACUCAUCAUUAUUGGAGCUACUAUUGGCAUUCUUUACCUAGUAUUUCAACCCAAGCUUCCCAUAUACUCAGUUGACAAUCUCAGAAUAUCAGAUCUGACACUCAAUUUUGACUUGAGCCUCUACGCGAGGUUCAACGUGAAGAUCACUGCCUAUAACCCGAAUAAGAAUAUCGGAAUAUACUACGAGAAAGGGAGCCAUUUAAGUGUAUGGUACAAGAACAUAAACCUUUGCCAAGGAUCAAUUCCCAGAUUCUACCAAGGUUACCAGAAUAAGACAGUGCUAAAUGUGGCCUUGAGUGGCCAAAAUCAAUAUGGGAGGACUCUUCUGGAGGCAUUACAGGAGCAGCAACAGACUGGAAGAAUUCCAUUGGAUCUCAAGAUUAAUGAGCCAGUCAGCAUCAAACUUAAGACUCUCAAACUGAGGAAGGUGAAGAUCAUUGGCACCUGCAAGUUGGUCGUUGAUAGCCUGUCAACUAAUAGUAUAAUUAGCAUCAAAGCCAGUACUUGCAGUUUUGGACUCAAGCUCUGA